AUGACAACAUCAGUGGAAUAUUAUAAACCAUUGGAAACAGUUUCUCAGGGAGUAAAGUUUCAUUCCCAGCAAGCAUUUGUGCUUCACCCUCUUCCACUUCUCAAUAUUUCAGAUUACUACACGCGUAGUAAAACCCUUUCAAAACCGCUGGUCGGGGGUCUUUUAGGAUUUCGCAAUUACAAGCAGAUCACGGCAUUUGUUUCAUUCGAACUUUUACUUAACGAUGACAACAAAGUUGACGAGAACUAUUUAAAAAGAAAACUGGAUCUUUAUAUUCAGACUUUUCCUCAUUAUGAACUGGUGGCGUGGUUUCAUGUUUUGCCUAAAGGACUGAUGCAACCAGUUCAAUUAUCACAAACUAUACACGAGCAACUCGCAGACAUAUUAGGAACUAAUCCGGCUUUGCUAAUAGUUGGCCCGCAAGAUAUUGCCACCCAUGACAGGAAAUCAGACACCAGUUCUAAAAGUUUACCGGAGGAACCUGGCAUAUUAUCUUCUAAAUCGAAAAAAAACAGACGUCGCCACUCACAAAUAUCCACGGAUGGCGACUUGAAAAUGGAAGAGCUUGGAGAUGAUGAUUCCUCUGACUUGAACAAUGAUACCGAAGAGAGUCAAUUUGAUACAGACUUACCUUUAGCCGCUUUUGAAGCUAUUACAAAAGAUCGUCGCUUAGAGUUUUUAUCCAUGGGCCAAGUCCAAAUUGAAACCAGUCAAGCAGAACGUAUCGCAGUAGAUGAUAUUGUCAAGGGAGCUAAAGAUUCAGACAGUAUUGAUCUUUCAGAUUCCCUUAGUAAUCAACAAGGUGCUAUCCGUAUGCUUCAUCAGCGUUUAAGAGUUGUUCGAGACUAUAUUUUGACUGUUCAAGCAGCACUACAACAACAAGAGGCUAUUUCAAAAGGGCUACAGCCACCCUUAGCUGUUGCUAGAGAACUUAAUUCUACAGAUUACCAAUUGAUUAGACAAAUCAACGCAUUUGUGAGCGAGCUCACCCGACAACAGGAAUCAGGGUUGGAUUCGGUUAUUCAGAAACAAGAAAGAGAUGUUGUAAUGGCGGCCCUUCUUGCAACAGUUACAAAAGCUGAAUUCACCAAGCUUGAUACUAAUACUGUUUGGGCAUCUUAUAGAUCAUUUUCCGGCCAUGUACCUAAUAAUAAUGAUGGUUUUAAGCCUUAA